AUGCUUGUCCACUCAGGAGCGGCCCUUCAUGGCCACGAAUUCUCCGAACAGACCGACAAGUUCUGGAUGAACCCCUUGUCAUUUCUGCCCAACAUCUUCAGCACCGAUCUUGUCCGCCAGCUACACGCUGCGCUGCCCGCUUCCGACGAUGAUGCCACUCCUCCAUCUCGCUCUGCCUCAGUCAAGGAGACUGGAGGUCGCCGCCGUGCCUCUUUCAACACCAGACGCCACACCACGUCUGACCUCGCCAACGCCGUCAAGUUCCAGGAGCCUGUCUCCGACUCUCGCAGCGACGACGUGGCGUCCAUCUCCGGCAGUGAGCGAACCGACGGCUCAGUCCGGCUCGCGAGGCGAAAGCGCAAGGCUCGCUCAUCGGUGCGGUAUGCUCUGGCAUUCCCGGCACCUGGACUGCGUACCAAGCAACGCAACUUCUUCCAGGUCCGCCCGCGUGUGCUCCUGCAGCUUCGAGAGCUCACGGGUACGAAGCGUGCAAUUCCGGCGUAUGACGUGAUUCCGUCUAGCCUGGUUGCGGGAACUUUGAUUAUCCCAGCACUGCUCAAGGCAUUCCCUCGCAUGUUUACUGCGAAGCCUCAUCUCGGCCAGAACGACUUUCUCUUGGUCCGGCGAGACGACUAUGUCCCUGCACAUGGCAAUCAUCAGCAUGACGGCAACACACAUGGCGACAGCAGCAACGCCUCAGAUUAUAAGGAGGUGCUUGCAGUCAUCUCAACGACUGAGGAUGACGACUGCGCCAAGAUUGUCUUCAAGGACGGGUCAACCUGGGUUACGAGCCGCAAUGCCGCCGGGUCGUAUGACUUUAGCCACAUCAACGAGCAAGGCGAGACGGUCAAGGCCAAGUGGAUCAAGAAGCCAUCUCUGUCUCCCAGGACAAGCUGGGGAUCUGCCAACAGCGCCCUCGACGGCAGCUCGCCUCCCUCGUCACCUACCACUCCCACGCCAGACGGCAAGUGGACAUUUUGCAUCUUGGACCCCUCCACCAAGAAGCAUCCCAUCCAGGGCAUCCUUGAUUCCACUUCCCUGGAAAUCUACAACACAUAUGCUACCAUGCCCUCAACGAGUGGCCAGCUGCCCUCGAUUGCACAGGCCAUUCAAGCAGAGGUCACUGGCCUCUCAGAAGACGGCACCAGCAUCGCAGAGGAGCGGUCGUCGAUGGAGGUCUCCGAAUACAACAAGACGCUCAUGCUUGCCACCGCAACUUGGAUCAGCCUCCGCCAAUCGGGCUGGCCUGCAUCGGUGACGCCGAAGGUCUCUCGAGCUGUGUCCCAAUGCAUCAACUCGGGCCGCCCUCAAGCGGAAAGCCCCGAGGGCAUUAAUUCGAGAGCAUCAACUUCUCAAGUCUCUCUGACUGAUGGGGUCAACUCUCCCGAAGACACCUCGACCACCAUCACCACUCAAGCUCCAGCUACUGGUCGACUUCGACGGGCGUUGUCUUCAGGGGGCGAGUUCAUGAAGAGAAGACGCGAGGCGGCGGCUGCUGCAGCGGCCUUGGCUCUUAUUGCGGAGAGGAAGGCGGACGAGAAGCGUGCAGACGACCUCAAGGUCCGGGAAGAGCCGGCUACAUGCCGAACCCGGGUGAAGCGUCUUGCGCACAAGGUCUUUCAUCCCUCGAGCACUCAGCGGGUGUCAUGA